ACUGAUAAGUGCCCGUUGAAUGCUGAUAACUUGAUAAGUCAUUAGAAUUAAAUUAAAAACAACUUCAUCUAAUAGUAUUUUCGUUUAUUUCAACAUACGCCUAUAAAAUAUUUAUUCUAUUACGUAGAUAAACAUAAAAUAGCGAUGGCUGAAGAACAAAAACCAGUGAACGCAGAAGAAUUGAAACAGCUCAAAGAAAGAAUGAAACUAAUAGCUGAUGCUGAUCCAGCCCAAUAUCACAAUGAUUUUUCUUUAAAACGAUACUUAAGGGCAUUUAAAACAGUUGAUAGUGCCUUUCAGGCAAUAUUAAAAACCAACAAAUGGAGAGCAGAAUAUGGUGUUACAGAGCUCCAUGAAAAUAAAGACAUUAUUGAGAAAUAUAACAAUAAAGCAAGAGUACUUCGACACAGAGAUAUGGUUGGAAGACCAAUUAUCUAUAUACCAGCUAAGAACCACAGUUCUAGCGACAGAGACAUUGACGACUUGACAAAAUUUAUUGUAUAUUGUUUAGAGGAUGCUAGCAAGAAGUGUUUUGAAGAGGUUGUAGAUAAUCUAUGUAUAGUGUUUGAUUUGAAUAAUUUUACACUUUCGUGUAUGGACUACCAAGUACUGAAGAAUCUUAUUUGGCUGCUGAGUAGACACUAUCCAGAGCGACUUGGUGUUUGUCUUAUAAUUAAUGCACCAACAUUCUUCUCCGGAUGCUGGGCAGUUAUUAAAGGAUGGCUGGAUGAAAACACAGCGAGUAAAGUAACAUUUGUAAAUUCGGAAAUGGAUUUAUGUCAGUACCUGAUACCAGAUAUCUUGCCCACCGAUAUGUAACACCUGAUAACUCUAGAUAACAUUGUAAAUAACUGUAAUCUAAUAACUAGUCAUUCAUCUGUGGCCGAGUCUGCUAUUUCAAUGGUCUAACGUUUUUCAUUAUUAUCAAAAUCGUUGUUUAUCAAUCUUUUGAUGUGUUACAGGUCAAAACCUUUUGGAAUAUCUUAAUUCAAAGCUAAAUUUCCUUUAAAGUUUAAUGUAAUAAAUUUGGUUGAUAUUCUAAUUUACUAUAUCUAGUAAAAUUCAGUGUAUGCACAUAAACUUUAUAUUAAAUUUGACAAUAUUACUUAAGGGUAACUUAUUAAACAUUUUUAUACAGUUUACCUUCCUUUCUAUGAUAUGGAAUUGGGCCUCAUUAAAAUAAAAUCAUUACUUUUAUAGCACUAUUCAAAAAUAUGUCGUCGUCCGGCUCGAAGGACCAAAGUGAAAAUUAGUAAUUAAAUUAUUAACAUUAAAUAUUACUUACUAAUCACUUACAACAAAAGGAUUUUGCUAUUAAAUUAACAGCUUAUUCAAACCCUGAAGAAAGUUCUUGCGACUAAACUUGUGUCUAUGCUAAGGCACUUAAGCUCAUACAAUUGGUUAACAAUAACUAACCGUUGAUAAUAGAAGACCCGGUUCCUUUAAUGUUUAACGUAUUAUCAAUGUCUAUUAAGCAAUUCCUCUUAUUAAAAUAAAACCUGUUUUAAAGGUAAAAAUUGGUGUUCAUAUCUUAUACAUUUAUGUAUUAUUAUAUAAUUCUCGGAGUCGUGCAUAAAUAAACAGUUACUUAAGUCAUUUAGUAAAGAUUUAAAAUAAUGUAUGCAAUAUGUUUUUGAUUGCGUAAUACUCAGUGCUAAGUUUCGUCUCGCAAUGUUACCCUAUAACCGUUAUAAAUAUAUAAUAGACACAUUGAAGUAAUAUUGUUCAUAUAAGUUAUUAAUAAUUUUAUCUUUGUUGUAAGUAAUAAUUUGUGCUAAUCUUGCCAUAAUAUUUUAAGCAUGUUUGCAUUAAAAUUUAUUAUUUUUGCUAUAUAUGUCGGACUUAUAUCCCAUCUAACUGGUUUUGUUUAACUACUGUUAUAAAACACUAGUCUAGAACUUCAUGUAAUGUGUAAAAAAAAAACAAAAUCAAUGACAAAUAUUUUACUGAAGUGCCAGCUCGCGAAUAGUAGAUAAAUUUUGGAGUUUGAAACUACUUCGAUAGAUGGCGCUACCUACAUUCUUAAGCCGUCGAACUGUCAAAUUUGAAUUUAUUGUAAAACCAAAAACUGUGUGACAAUUUUGUAACAUUCCAUGUUAAAUAUAUUGUUCAUAAUCA